AAAAAAAGAAAAAACCACAGCCAGACUCUGAGCUGCAACCAACAGGAGUACAAACACACUACUGGACUUCUGCCAGAUACUCUACACGGAGGAAAAAGUGAUUCUCGGGAUGUGGACGCAGUUAUAAGGAUCAUUUCUCAUUUUUAGUUUUCCGCUGAAGGAGAAGAAGAAGAAGGGGGUGGUGCAUGUGAGCAAGAGAUCCUGUUACAGAGGUCCAGACUUUUUUCAAGUUUUUUUUUUUUUUUUUUUUUCCUGAAAGUGGGGGUAGGGCGAAGCAACAUUCACUGUUAUGCUUUUCUUCCUAAACACAUCCAGCAAAUACUUCAUAUAAUUUGGAACUCAUCAGUCAAUAUUUUGGUUUCCUUUCCUUUCUUUUUUUUUUUUUUUUGUUUUUGUUUAGGAAUACUUUUUGGGACUACUGGAGCUGAAUAAUGAGGGAAUUCAGGACGAUUCUGUGGGACACGGACGAAAAGCGCAGAAGCAAAAAGUUUGAGAGGACUGCGAGAAAACUUUAGAGGAAAAAAGAACCCAACCCCGCUGCAGCUUUUCUGGAGUAUGGAAACUUAUAAAUCAGACGUAGAAACCAGCUUUCACCAGAGAAGCGUGUAGUUUGGUAGCAGAAGCCUCAAGGAUUUUGAAAUCCGUUGGAUUUUUUUUUUUUUCCGUCUUCUCUCCCAAGAUGUCUUCCCAGGGUCGGAGCCCCAUUGUUGGGAUGCUUUGCGUCUGGGCUGCCUGGCUGUCGGGCUGCAGGGCAGUGUUGGCCCCGAACGGGACUAUGUUUGAGGACAAAUGCAAGAAAACCUCCACUUGUGAGGUGCUUAAAUACAACACAUGUUUGGGUUCACCUUUACCCUACACCCAUACAUCUCUGAUCCUGGCGGAGGACUCCAGCAGCCAAGAGGAGGCUUUUGAGAAGCUGACCAUGUGGUCUGGAUUGCGAAACGCCCCACGUUGCUGGUCAGUCAUCCAGCCGCUGCUCUGUGCCGUCUACAUGCCGAAAUGCGAGAAUGGCCGAGUGGAGCUGCCCAGCAAGAGCCUGUGUGUGGCCACACGUCGCCCGUGCAGCAUUGUGGAUCGGGAGAGAGGAUGGCCCAAUUUCCUCAAAUGUGACAAAUUCCCCGUGGGCUGUUCGAAUGAAGUGCAGAAGCUGAAGUUCAACACGUCAGGACAAUGCGAAGCCCCUCUGGUGAAGACAGACAUUCAGUCGAGUUGGUACAAGGAUGUAGAAGGUUGUGGCAUCCAGUGCGACAACCCCCUGUUCACCGAAGAGGAGCACAAUGACAUGCACGCCUACAUUGCUUACUUUGGCACAAUCACACUCCUCUGCACCUUUUUCACUCUGGCCACGUUUCUUGCUGACUGGAAAAACUCGAACCGCUACCCGGCCGUCAUUCUCUUCUACAUCAAUGCCUGCUUCUUUGUGGGCAGCAUCGGCUGGCUCGCCCAGUUCCUGGAUGGCGCACGCAAAGAGAUUGUGUGCAAGAGCGACAACACCAUGCGGCUCGGGGAGCCCUCAUCCUCAGAAACGCUCUCGUGCGUCACCAUCUUCAUCAUCGUCUAUUACUCCUUGAUGUCAGGCGUGAUUUGGUUCGUCAUGCUGACCUACGCCUGGCACACCUCCUUCAAGGCUCUGGGCACAACUCACCAGCCGCUGUCUGGACGGACCUCCUACUUCCACAUGGUGACCUGGUCCAUUCCCUUUGUCCUCACCGUGGCCAUCCUUGCUAUAGCUGAGGUGGAUGGAGACUCUGUGAGUGGGAUCUGCUUCGUCGGCUACAAGAACUACCACUACCGAGCGGGGUUUGUACUGGCACCCAUUGGUGUGGUGCUUGUUGUUGGUGGCUACUUUCUCAUUCGGGGUGUCAUGACCUUAUUUUCCAUCAAGAGUAACCACCCAGGACUGCUGAGUGAGAAAGCGGCCAGCAAAAUCAACGAGACAAUGCUGAGACUAGGUAUAUUUGGAUUCCUUGCGUUUGGCUUUGUUUUCAUCACAUUUGGAUGUCACUUCUAUGACUUCUUCAACCAGGCUGAAUGGGAGAGAAGCUUCAGAGAAUAUGUGCUAUGUGAAGCCAACGUGACAAUCGCCUCUCAAACCAACAAGCCCAUCCCAGAAUGCACCAUUAAAAACCGUCCCAGCCUGAUGGUGGAGAAGAUCAACCUGUUCUCCAUGUUCGGCACAGGAAUCGCCAUGAGCACCUGGGUCUGGACCAAAGCCACCUUCCUCAUCUGGAAACGCACUUGGUUCAAGAUCAUUGGUCGAAGUGACAACGAACCUAAGAGGAUAAAGAAGAGCAAGAUGAUUGCUAAGGCGUUUGCAAUGAGAAAGGAGCUCCACAAGGACCCGGAGAAGGAGCUGUCCUUCAGCAUGCAUACUGUGUCACAUGAUGGCCCAGUGGCUGGAAUCAAUUUUGACCUGAACGAGCCAUCCAACGAUGUUUCAUCAGCAUGGGCCCUACAUGUACCCAAGAUGGUCGCCAGACGGGGAGCCAUUCUGCCUCAGGACAUUUCUGUCACUCCCACUGGGACUCCGGUGCCCCCUCCAGAGGAGAGGAACAGACUGUGGAUGGUGGAGGCAGACAUAUCACCUGAGAUGAUAAAGAGGAAAAAGAAGAAGAAGAAAAGGAGGAAGGAGGUGCGUAAGCCUGACGAGGUGGUGGAAAACCAGACUCGCCUUCAGCGAGAGUUUAGCCGCAGCUCGGUUCCUCGCCUGCCGAAGCUUCCCUGCCACCCGAGCCUGGUGGCCAAUCUGCGUGAACAGCAGAGGCAGCAGUCGCUGGAGCAAGGGGUCCUGCCGGGCUCGUUGCCGGAUUACGAACCCUGCGAGGAGAGGUGUUCAUACCUGGAGUGCCAGAGCGGCAGAAACGGCUACCUGAUGACCCGAGUUGAUUGUCCGGAAAAUCUGGGCCUCAGGCCAAGCUGUCGCCCUUUGACUUCAAACUGGCAGCCCAGUGGAUCGUCAAUGUACCCCGGAGAGGUGGAGCAUGCCGACGGGCUGUCAGAGAGAAUGGCUCAUGUGGCUCGGGUACCGGCGGGCCGCAGGGCAGGCUACGGACCCAUCCACUCCAGGACCAAUUUAAUGGAGGCGGAGCUAAUGGAUGCUGACUCUGACUUUUAAAACUGCAGAGUGAGCAAGAAAAAAAAAGAAAAAGUAACUUUAAGAGAUUCCUACUCAAGUGUACCAGAUCCAACAUCACUAAGAUCCUAAAUGUACGAUUAGUUUCAAGUCUGUUAUUUACAUUGUGUGAGUGUGUCUGAGUGAGCGUGUUAGGAAAAUGUGUGGGAAUGAUAGAGAAAUAAACUAAUGUAAAUAUCUUUUAAAAAUAUUAGUUUUUAUACCAUAUUCUGUACAUUAUCAUCUAAUGUGUUCUUUAAAAGUAAGAAAAAAGCAACAACAACU